AGACGGGAGAACUCGACGGCCGAAAGCACCAACAAAGCAAACUGCCCAGCGCAACCAGAGGUUUCGCCCGAGAGAUCUGAGAAUUCUGAAGCCCUCCGGUAGAUGGAGAUCCCCACCGCCGCCAUCCACCGCCUCCAAUCCUCCAUUCGCGAGGCCGCCUCCGCGCCUUCCUCCUCGCUCGACACCGUGCCUGACCCUCCAUUCCCCUCCGUCGCGGACGCCAUCGCUGCCUUCGACCGCGACGCCUCGCCGGAGCUCCUGUGCGGGCGCUGCGGCUUAGCGGGUGGCCUCCUCCGAGGCGACCAGUCCGCCGUCUGCGCCUACUGCGGGUUCUCCAGGCGGGAGGAGGGUGACGGUAUCGCCUUCCGCGGCAGUUUGGCCUACCGGUGGCUGCUCGGCUCGCUCGGGCUCGAUGGAUCUGAGGCUGUAGAAUUUGAUGAUGACUCUGUGGAUUCAAAUAAAAGCAAGGAGGUGCCUACGAGUGGGAUGGUCUUAUCUGAUCUGCUGGACUUAAAACUUACUUUCCCCCUUGACUUUGAGAGUAGGGAAAUAUCUGGAAGUCCCAGAAGCACAGAACAAUCAUCUGUUACAUCCACGCUAAAUCUGCCUGGUGUUAACCUGGACUCAUUUUUUAUUGAAAGAAUAGAGGCCACAGCAGCAGCUGUUCUUCCUCGAACUGAUGCUGUGGUGCAGGAAAAGCAUUGCAAAAACCGUGAAUCUUCUGGCUCAGAGAUGCAUGUUGCAUCGAAAGGCUUCGAGUCCUUUGGGACAAAAACAGGUUCAGAAAGCACACAUCAAAUGGGAGCUAGUACAUCAUUCGCGAAUUGGGAUGCUGGGUUUCAGUCUACUGGCUCAGAAAGUGUUGUUGGGGACUCCAAGCAAUUGGACCUAUUCAAGAGCGCUUCAGUUGCUGAGCCUUCAAAUUUCCCAGCUUCUGGGACUGCCAUCACCACCGUAGCUGCUGGAAAUGAAACAAAUAUGAAAAGCACCAGCCUAGAACAUUCAGAAGAUUUGGCUUCAGCAAGUGGCACAUUAAAUAAAGAUAGCCUUUUCAUCCAAAAGGCUGCCCCGGCUAUUGUGGGGAAUAACAGUGGGGUGGUUACUGAAAAUAGUGUUGCUGAGUUCACUGGAUCCUACCUUAACAAGAAUUCAGUUCAGAGCAAUAAAUUGCCUGGAAGGGGUGAAGCUGGAGUCAGUAUUGAUGAAACUUUUGAUGACUGGCAAGAAUUUACAGGAGGUGGUAACCAGGACAUACCACCAAAUGUCGGAGAACAUACAAAGGGCCCUUUAGUGAGGGGUUCCUCAGAAGUAAAAACAAUGGAUUCCUUGGCAGUUAGUUGCAUGGGAUCAUCCAGUAAUGUUGUAGGUGACUCUGAUGAUUGGCAAGCUUUUGCAUCUAGUUCUGGUCAAGGAGGAGAGGGUUCGAUGAAACCGGUGGAAGGCUCAUCGAGUGGUCUAGGAUUUGGUGGUUCGGUAAAUCAAUUUGAAGAAACAGGCAUGUCAUUGGAACAUUCUUUAGAAGCUCAUUCUGUUGAUUUAUGGCCUGCUGGUAAUGUUAAAGAACAUAACACUACAGAAGUUAAGCAAACUGAUGAUUCUUUUGAUGAUUGGCAAGAUUUUACUACCUCUGGUCAAGCACAGGUUGCAUCAUUUAGUCAAGCUGGAGAAAUAACGGAAGUUUCACAUGUCAGUCACAGGGAAAUUGGUGUGGACUCAUGGUUCACAGCAAAUACUGGGGAAUCAAGAAACAUUGAUUUAGUGAAUCGGAAUAAUGUCACGCUGGAUGAUUGGCAAGGUUUUUCUGGUUCAGAUCGAGCACAACAAAGUUUAUCUAAUGUAGGUGGGGAACUAGCAGAUAUCUCAUUUGGGCAGCAUGAUGGAACUGGUUCUGUGCAAUUAUGGGCAAAUGCCAGCAGUAAGGGGGCAACAGAUACAGUUUCAACAAAUAUGGAAGACAAUGCAUUUGAUAUCUGGCAAGAUCUCACCACAUCAGGUCACCAACAAGAAAAUUCAUCUAAUGUUGGGAGAGAAACGAGUGCAUCUUACCCUGCUAAAGAAAUUGACACCAUGAGUUUGUGGCUAACCAGCAAUGUCAAGGAAUCUAACAGUAGCAGCAAAGGUGUUACUAGAAUUGAUGGUUCACCCGAUGGAUGGCAAGAUUUUGCUAGUUUUGGUCAAGCACAGGGAAAUAUGAAAAUUCCCGUGGAAGGGCAGUUCCUCGAAGGCCCUUCAGGAGUUGAGCCUGUGGACUUGUGGUCCUCGAGUCAUACAGAGGAAUUUAAGAACCUUGAACAGAUAAAUGAAAAUGAUGAUCCAUUCGAUUUCAAAAACUCCCCUCAACUGAAAGUAGGCUUACAAGAUCCACCACAUGUUCCAUUGUCCGAUAAGCCCUCAGUAUUGAGGCCUGAUAUACCGGGGCUGGAAUUUGGGAGCUUUGCACUGUCUGCUCUUUCGCAGAGCCAAACAGAUAGAGCAAAUGCGGUUCUAUCUGAUGAACACUUAGAAAGGACGAAUGGAAUGCAGCAGAUGGUUGAUGAUGCAUUGUCUACAGUACAGGCAACGUCAAGUCAUGACAAUUACUCCAUACCAAAAUCAGAAUCUGGUAACGCGAAUGUAGAGAAAUUACUGUCUCAGAUGCCUGAUCUAUCCUUUAUGCUCAAAGAUGAACUUUCCGUGCCUGAUAAGCCUGCCGAUCACUCCAAGUCCUGAAAGUUGCUGAAUUUAACAGCAACAAUGCAUCAUUUGCUACCUAUCUGCCAAAAGACAGAUUGAUGAUGGAGCUCUAGCCUUUCAAUUGCAGAACCAACUACGGAAAAUAUCUCCCAUAGUAAAUUUACGUGGCGAACAAUCCUGUUUUUCCAAUGGAAUGUGUGCCCUUUUAUACUAGUACAUUGGUCAACAGAGGAUUCUAGCAAUUUUCCCUGUUGAUUUCUUCCAUUAGUUAGGAGAGAACUGCAGACCCUCGCCUGGAAUCCUAUCAGUUUUUCUUUUCUUUUACUGCUGCGUGGGGGUGCGAGUCAAUGAUUUUGUUUUGUAUCUGCAUGUAUAUGUACCAUUCCCAGCCUGCAUAUGUUGUAUACAAAGAUUGAAAACGAGAUAUCCAGCUCAUUCUGUUCUUUUUCUAAGAAACGAGCGUUUCUUUUUUGA